ACGCGCCGCGUGUAUAUUCUGGCCGCGCAACAUCCUUGGCGGUCUAUCCGCUCGCAGAUGUGAACAUUCUCGUGGCGCCGGAAGUCCGGGACACGUGACCGGGUGACAGAGCUUGCUUGGCUGCGAGGCUUGCUUUAGGCUGCAGCACGGGAUGGCGGAGGCGCCUCCUGUCUCAGGUACUUUCAAGUUCAAUACGGAUGCUGCUGAGUUCAUUCCUCAGGAAAGAAAAAAUUCAGGUCUAAACUGUGAUACUAAAAGGAGGCUAGACUCUAAUAGGAUUGGUAGAAGAAUUUACAGUUCACCAUCUCCCUGUCACCUUUCCAGGCAGGUGCUGUAUGAUGACAUCCCUGCUGUUCAUCAGCACAGCUGUCAUUCUUCAGGAAGCAAACCUAAGAGCCAACAGAUUUCUUUCCAAUCCUCUGCUUCUAAUAAAUCACCCAAGAGCCAUGGCCUUCAGAGUCAGCCUUGGCAGAAAUUGAGGAGUGAGAAGCACCAUAUCAGAGUCAAGAAAGCACAAGGUCUCACUGACCAGACCUCAGAUACAGCUGGCUUAGAAAGCGUGACCAGAUCAGAGAGUGGGACAAACCCCAGAGAGCACAGCCCUUCUGACAGUGAGAAGGAAGCUGUCAGUGCAGAUCCCAGGGGGGCAAAACCCAAAAAAGCAACGCAAUUUGCACACAGCUAUGGUAGAGGACCAAAAGUUAAGGGGAAACUCAAAUGUGAGUGGGGCAACAGAAUGACUCCAAAACCUGAGGAUGCUGGAUUUGAAAAUGCCAAACCUGUGGGGGUUUUCCACCCUGACUCUUCAGAUACAUCUGUUAGAAAAGGAGUUUUGGAUGGAUAUGGAGCCAGACGAAAUGAACAGAGAAGAUACCCACAGAAGAGGCCUCCCUGGGAAGUGGAAGGGGCCAGGCCACGACCAGGGAGGAAUCCACCAAAACAGGAGGGCCAACGGCAUACAAAUGUAGGACCCAGAAACAUGGCCUCCAUUCCAAAGGAUAAUCUCAAUGAAAGACCAAUAAAAUCUGCCUGUGACAGUGGGAACUUGGCAGUCAUCAAGUCUUCCAGAAGGGCUGACCAAGAGAAAUGCACUAUACGGAGGCAGGAUCCACCAGUAGUAUCUCCUUUCUCCCGAGGCAAACAGAACCAUGUGCUAAAGAAUGUGGAAACACACACAGGUUCUCUAAUUGAACAGCUAACUACAGAAAAAUAUGAGUGCAUGGUAUGCUGUGAAUUGGUUCGAGUCACAGCCCCGGUGUGGAAUUGUCAGAGCUGUUAUCAUGUGUUUCAUCUGACCUGCAUAAAGAAAUGGGCAAGGUCUCCAGCAUCUCAAGCAGAUGGCCAGAGUGGUUGGAGGUGCCCUGCCUGUCAGAAUGUCUCUGCACAUGUUCCUAAUACCUACAUUUGUUUCUGCGGCAAGGUAAAGAAUCCUGAAUGGAGCAGAAAUGAAAUUCCACAUAGUUGUGGUGAGGUUUGUAGAAAGAAACAGCCUGGCCAGGACUGCCCACAUUCCUGUAACCUUCUCUGUCAUCCUGGACCUUGCCCACCCUGCCCUGCCUUUAUGACUAAAACAUGUGAAUGUGGACGGACCAGACACACAGUUCGCUGUGGACAGGCUGUCUCAGUCCACUGUUCUAAUCCAUGUGAGAAUGUUUUGAACUGUGGUCAGCACCGCUGUGCUGAGCUGUGCCAUGGGGAUCAGUGCCAGCCUUGCCGGAUCAUACUGAACCAAGUAUGCUACUGUGGCAGCACCUCCCGAGAUGUGUUAUGUGGAGCAGAUGUAGGAAAGUCUGAUGGAUUUGGGGAUUUCGGCUGUUUAAAGAUAUGUGGCAAGGACUUGAAAUGUGGGAACCAUACAUGUUCUCAAGUGUGCCACCCUCAGCCCUGUCAGCCAUGCCCACGGCUGCCCCAGCUGGUGCGCUGUUGCCCUUGUGGCCAAACUCCUCUCAGCCAAUUGCUAGAACUUGGAAGUAAUGGUCGGAAAACGUGCAUGGAUCCUGUCCCUUCAUGUGGAAAAGUGUGCGGCAAGCCUCUGCCUUGUGGUUCCUUAGAUUUCAUUCAUACCUGCGAAAAACUCUGCCAUGAAGGAGACUGUGGACCAUGCUCUCGCACAUCAGUUAUUUCCUGCAGAUGCUCUUUCAGAACAAAGGAGCUUCCAUGUACCAGUCUCAAAAGUGAAGCAGAUGCUACAUUUAUGUGUGACAAGCGGUGUAACAAGAAACGGUUGUGUGGACGGCAUAAAUGUAAUGAGAUAUGCUGUGUGGAUAAGGAGCACAAGUGUCCUUUGAUUUGUGGGAGGAAACUCUGUUGUGGCCUUCAUAGGUGUGAAGAACCUUGUCAUCGUGGGAACUGCCAGAUAUGCUGGCAAGCCAGUUUUGAUGAAUUAACCUGCCACUGUGGUGCAUCAGUGAUCUACCCUCCAGUUCCCUGUGGUACUAGGCCCCCUGAGUGUACCCAAACCUGCGCCAGAGUCCAUGAAUGUGACCAUCCAGUAUAUCAUUCUUGUCACAGUGAGGAGAAGUGCCCCCCUUGUACUUUCCUAACUCAGAAGUGGUGCAUGGGCAAACAUGAGUUACGAAGCAACAUACCCUGUCACCUGGUUGAUAUCUCUUGCGGGUUACCCUGCAGUGCCACGCUUCCGUGUGGGAUGCACAAGUGUCAGAGACUCUGUCACAAAGGAGAAUGUCUUGUGGAUGAGGCCUGCAAGCAGCCCUGCACCACCCCCAGAGCUGACUGUGGCCACCAGUGUAUGGCACCCUGCCACCCCAGCUCACCCUGCCCCGUGACUGCUUGUAAAGCCAAGGUAGAGCUACAGUGCGAAUGUGGACGAAGAAAAGAGAUGGUGAUUUGCUCUGAAGCAUCCAGUACUUAUCAAAGAAUAGCUGCUAUUUCCAUGGCCUCUAAAAUAACAGACAUGCAGCUUGGAGAUUCUGUGGAGAUCAGUAAGUUAAUUACCAAGAAGGAAGUUCAACAAGCCAGAUUAGAAAAGGAUGAGGAGGCAGGAUCCCUUGAGCCUAGGAAGAGGUUAGCAGAGGCAUUUCAUAUCAGUGAUGAUUCUGAUCCUUUCAAUAUACGUUCUUCAGGGUCAAAAUUCAGUGAUAGUUUGAAAGAAGAUGCCAGGAAGGACUUAAAGUUUGUCAGUGACAUCGAGAAGGAAAUGGAAACCCUUGUGGAGGCUGUGAAUAAGGGAAAGAAUAGCAAGAAAAGCCACUGCUUCCCUCCCAUGAACAGAGACCACCGCCGGAUUAUCCAUGAUCUGGCCCAAGUUUAUGGCCUUGAGAGCGUGAGCUAUGAUAGUGAACCAAAGCGCAAUGUCGUGGUCACUGCCAUCAGAGGGAAGUCCAUUUGCCCUCCUACCACGCUGACAGUUGUGCUUGAAAGAGAAAUGCAGACACGGCCUCCACCACCGAUUCCUCAUCACAGACAUCAGAUAGACAAGAAUCCUGGCAGCUGUAAUUUUCAGAAAAUAACCAAGGAGCCAGUAAUUGACUACUUUGAUGUCCAGGACUGAGAAGAUCAAGAUGCACUUAGAUAAAAGAAUGAUUAGGUGUAGUGGAGACUGAUCUGCCAGCAGAUAAAUCAUGCUUGUUCCCCACUGCCUGGCAGAAUCACAGCCUCACAUACUGUCUUAUACUGAUACAUCCAAAGCAUGAGUGUGUCAGAAAUCCCCUUGUCUAUUCCUGUCUGUAUAAAGCAUUUCAAUAUGGCCAGA